CUAAGGGAGAUUAUCUCACAUAAAAGAGCAUCCCUAAUCCUGCCCCAAUGCUGAGACCUUAAUCAGAAUUUGUUAAAUAAUCUCAAGUGUCUCCUCCAGUUUAAGCUCCAACUGAUGUGAUAGCAAGUCAACCAAUUUAUAAAGAAAAGAAGAAAAAUCAUAUAAAGAUGCCCCUUUUGAGAGAAGUAUAUUUCCAUAGAGUGAAAUCCCUUUAUAAAAUGCAUCUAUCAAAAGCAAAAUGAUAAUACAUAGCAGCAAAUUACAAGCUAAAAUAAUAUUCCCCAAUAAAAAUCCAUGUAUCAAAUUAAAACUAAAUUCAAAUUGAGAGCCUAACUUAUAAAUUAGAACAAGG